CAUGAGUGGUGAUCUUGGAAGCCAUUCAGUCUCCCUGCAGUUUCAGUCAGUUCCUGGCUUUCCACUUUGAGAAACAGCUUUAAGAUGCCAGAACCUGCAAAGAAACCAGCUUCAGCAUUCAUCAAGAAACCAAAGACAACUGAUGCUGUAGUAGGAAAUGUUGCUGUUUUUGAAGCAGAGACAGAGAAGACAGGAAUUAAGGUGAAGUGGCAGCGAAAUGGUAUAGAAAUUGCUGCAAGUGAGAAAUACGUCAUCAAGUCAGAGGGGAACAAACACUCACUGACCAUUAAUAAUGUUGGAAAAGAGGACGAUGUGACUUAUGCUGUCAUUGCUGGAAGUUCCAAAGUCAAGUUUGAACUCAAAGUGAAAGCACCAGAAAAGAUGGAAGAGGUCCCACCUUCUGAAGAGGUGUCUAAACCAAUUAUUCCAAGUGCUCCUCCUGAAGUUAGAUCUGAACCAACUGUGUCAAGUUCAUCUACAGCUGCAGAUACUGGAUCCAAAGACAACAGCAAGAGCUCAGAAACUCUUCCAGCAGAAGUCCCAGAAAAGGUCUCUGUGGACCCUAUUGGUAUUUUUGUAUCUCGACCACAGAAUGGAGAAGUCACUGUUGGUGGGAACAUCACAUUUACUGCUAUAGUAGCAGGGGAAAGCUUGCUGAAGAAACCUUCGGUGAAAUGGUUCAAGGGGAAGUGGAUGGACCUUGCAAGCAAAGUGGGGAAACACCUCCAACUGCAUGAGACAUACGAUCGAAAUAACAAGGUUUAUGUAUUUGAAAUGAACAUUAUUGAAGCAAAACCAACUUAUUCUGGAGGAUAUAGAUGUGAAGUGGCAACUAAGGACAAGUUUGACAGCUGUAAUUUUAGCCUUCUUGUUCACGAGGCACCUGCAGCAAGUGAUCUGGACAUCCGCCCAGCAUUCCGACGAGGGAGCACAGUGGGAGGAGGAAGACGGAUGACUUCGGCCUUUUCCAGUAUGGAUGGACAUGAAGAUGGUCGGGAGUUGGAUUUUAGUGCCUUGUUAAGAAAGAGAGACAGUUUCUUGCGCUCAGUAAAUCGAAAUGAAGCAAAAACUGAAUCACAGCCAGAAGUUGAUGUCUGGGAAAUCCUUCGGAAUGCUCCUCCUUCAGAGUACGAGAAAAUUGCCUUCCAAUAUGGCAUCACUGACCUGCGAGGGAUGUUAAAACGCCUCAAACGUAUGAAGAAGGAGGAAAAGAAAAGCACAUCCUUUGUCAAGAGGCUGGAUCCUGCCUACCAGGUUGACAAAGGUCAGAAGAUCAAGUUAGUAGUGGAACUUGCUAACCCAGAUGAAGAAGUGAAAUGGCUGAAGAAUGGGCAAGAGAUUCAAGUGAGCGGCAGCAAAUACAUUUUUGAGGCUCUUGGAAAUAAAAGGAUUCUAACCAUCAACCACUGUUCAUUGGCUGAUGAUGCAGCGUAUCAGUGUGUGGUUGGAGAGGAGAAGAGUUUUACAGAACUCUUUGUAAGAGAGCCUCCUAUACUGAUUACUCGUCCUCUGGAAGACCAGGUGGUCAUGGUUGGAGAAAGAGUAGAAUUUGAAGCAGAAGUAACCGAAGAAGGGGCGACUGUGAAGUGGGAGAAGGAUGGAGUGGAGCUCACUCGGGAAGAGGCGUUCAAAUAUCGAUUCAAAAUGGAUGGUAAAAAACACUACCUCAUAAUUAACGAAUCCACCAUGGAGGAUAAUGGGCACUACAAAGUGAAGACCAAUGGUGGGGAGUCUGUUGCUGAAUUAAUUGUACAAGAGAAGAAGCUGGAGGUGUAUCAGAGUAUUGCAGAUCUGACCGUGAAGGCACGGGACCAGGCUGUGUUCAAGUGCGAGGUUUCUGAUGAGAACGUGAAAGGCAUUUGGCUUAAAAACGGCAAGGAGGUGAUCCCAAACGAGCGGAUUAAAAUCUCUCAUAUUGGCAGAAUCCACAAACUAACUAUUGAUGAUGUAACUCCAGAAGACGAAGCAGAUUACUCUUUUGUGCCUGAAGGAUUUGCCUACAAUCUCUCAGCUCAUCUCCGCUUUUUGGAGGUUAAAAUUGACUUUGUGCCUAGGCAAGAACCCCCCAAAAUCCGCUUGGAUUGCAUGAGCCAAACUCCAGACACCAUUAUUGUGGUGGCUGGAAACAAGCUACGACUGGACGUACCUAUAUCAGGAGAUCCAGUACCCACAGUGAUCUGGCAAAAGACAAACAAGAACAACGACAUGGUGGUAAUAAAUGACAAAUCAAAACCCACAGAUCCUACAGCCACAUGUGGAGAUUUGAGUAGUGAAAGCAAGCUCCUUGCUGAUUCUGAAGGCAGAGUCCAUGUGGAGAUGUAUGAAGACCACUGUGUGUUUACCAUUGAAGGAGCUGAGAAGGAAGAUGAGGGAGUCUACAAGGUUACUGUGAAGAAUCCAGCAGGUGAAGAUACAGCUGAUAUCACUGUCAAAGUUAUUGAUGUACCUGAUCCACCUGAGGCUCCCAAAAUCUCCAAUGUUGGAGAAGACAACUGCACAGUGGAAUGGGAGCCUCCCAAGUAUGAUGGAGGACAGCCAGUACUCGGCUACAUCUUAGAAAGAAAGAAGAAAAAGAGCUACAGGUGGAUGAGGUUGAACUUUGACCUUCUGAAGGAACAGUCCUAUGAAGCAAAGAGGAUGAUUGAAGGAGUUGUCUACGAAAUGCGAAUUUAUGCAGUGAAUUCUGUUGGCAUGUCUCGGCCUAGUCCUGCCUCACAGCCUUUCAUGCCAAUUGCUCCUCCAAGUGAGCCAGCGCACUUCACAGUAGAAGAUGUUUCAGACACUUCUGUUGCCUUAAAAUGGAGACCCCCUGAACGCAUUGGAGCAGGAGGACUGGAUGGCUACCUUGUGGAGUACUGCAAAGAAGGAUCCACAGAAUGGAUUCCAGCUCUUCAUGGCCCGAUUGAGCGCACCUCCGUCCUGCUUAAAGAUCUGGUCACGGGAGAUAGACUUUAUUUUCGUGUCACUGCUAUAAACCUAGCUGGGUCAAGUCUACCAGCAGUUACCAAAGAGCCCAUUACAAUCCGUGAGAUCUUGCAACAUCCCAAAAUCUGGAUGCCACGUAAUCUAAGACAGACUCUAAUGAAGAAAGUGGGCGACACAAUCAAUAUUGUAAUUCCUUUCCAGGGUAAACCGAGACCUAAAAUUAUCUGGACAAAGAAUGGUCAGCCAUUAGACUCCAAGGAAGUGGCCGUUCGAAACAGCAACACAGACACUAUCCUGUUUAUCCGAAAGGCUGAGCGCCACCAUUCUGGAAUAUAUGAAGUAGAGGUGCAGAUAGAAAACAUGAGUGAUAAAGUCACAAUUACCAUACAGGUUAUGGACAAGCCUGGCCCUCCACAGAAUGUAAAAAUUGUGGAUGUGUGGGGAUUCAAUGUUGCGCUGGAAUGGAAACCACCACAGGAUGAUGGCAAUGCUCAGAUCAUAGGAUAUACAAUCCAGAAAGCAGAUAAAAAAACUAUGGAGUGGUAUACAGUUUUUGAUCAUUAUCGACGUACUAAUUGUGUAGUAUCAGAUUUGAUCAUGGGAAAUGAAUACUAUUUCCGGAUCUUCAGUGAAAACCUGUGUGGAUUGAGUGAAAAUGCAACAACCACAAAAAACCCUGCCUACAUUAAAAAGACAGGCACAUCUUAUAAACCUCCCAAAUACAAAGAACAUGACUUCUCUGAAGUACCAAAAUUCACUCACUCGCUUUCAGAUCGCUCAGUGGUUGCUGGGUACAACGCUACACUCAGUUGUGCUGUAAGAGGAAGCCCAAAGCCAAAGAUCUUCUGGUUUAAGAACAAAGUGGACCUUUCUCAAGAUCCCAAAUACCGCAUGUUCAGCAAGCAUGGGGUGUUGACUUUAGAAAUCCGAAAGCCCAGCCCAUUUGAUGGAGGCAUUUACACCUGCAAAGCUGUGAAUGAAUGUGGGGAAGCUGAAAUAGAGUGCCGGCUAGAUGUCAGAGUGCCACAGUAGAAUUCGGAACUACUGGCUGUCAGUCCAGAAAUGGAGGUCACCCUGGAAACAUUGCAGUAAUACAGAAAACAGUGAAUAAAUGACAAUUUUAAUUAAUCUAUGAUCCUGUUGUUCAAAGAAUCAUGUUUAGAGUAUAGCUUGGAAUGAAUAUUAUGUUGCAAAAGAAGAUCACGACAGUCUUGAGGAACAAUUUGUUCUAUGUGCUUUAAAAUCACGUGUUCACAGAUCCUACUAGCAGUAACCUUUCCUUCCAGAGGCUGACAUAACAUUCAUUCAGCACUUGGAAAAGUUACUUUAAAGUUCUGUUGCAAUUCCCAGAACCCUCCAACCAGUGCCAUGCUCAUGAGGAGAUUCAGGGAGCUGUAGUACAAAUAAUAGCUUUUCCUACCUCUGUUUGUGUAUACAGUGUAGACUUUUAGGAAGACACAGCAUAGGAGUGGAACAGUCCUUUGCAUGAUUAUCAGGAGGCACCAGAGUGCAGGAAAAUCCUUUUCUAACCAAGUCAUUUGUUUCUCUCCAAAACAUGAGAGGCAGUAGAAACAUCAGCUAGUUUAAUCCACAAAGGAGGUAUUGCUUAGUAUUGCUAAUAAUUGUGGAUUCACAAUUAUUUGGCAGCCGACUUCACAGAAUACUGUGAAGCAGGCAUCAGAGGAAACAUGCAUGAGAUUGCUGUCUUACACACCCAUGUGGGAAAACACAGUUCAGGAGUGCUUACUCCUGAAUACAUGUAGCAAAUUCCACAUGUACCUGAUGAUCAGUCACUUGUUUUCCACUCACAAUUCUAUUCUGCUUGUGGCUUGAUAGCAAUCAAGGUUGUUAAGUGUAAGAUGUUCUCAUUAACUAUCCAGGCUGUCAUCCAAUGAUUUGGAGAUGGUUUCACAAACUAUUUUGCUAGCAUAAGAGUCUGAGAAAAUCACAUACCCCAUGUUAUGUACACAGAAUAUUUGCACCUUUAGCAUGCUUGAAGUCAAGUUUUGUCAUUUUAUCGAGCUGAAUUGUUUUCCAAGCUGAAUUGUUUCUAUAUGUCAUCAAGUUUUCCAAACACAAUAUUAUUAAUAUUGUUAUAUACUGCUAUUAAAAUAGUUACACGUUCAUAGAUUGACAUAGUGAAAUAAACAAAAGUCCAUACCACUCUC